UUUGUUAAUUAGCCAUUAAUGGUAACUGGUCUCCCUGGUCUCCAUGGGGUACUUGCUCAGUUACCUGUGGGGAGGGUACCAAAUCACGGACAAGAACCUGUACUAACCCACCACCAAGUAACGGAGGAACCAGCUGUCCGGGACAAUCACAAGAGACCACCAAAUGUACAGAAAAACCAUGCUCAGGUGUUGGUGUCUGUGUUAAAAGUUGUAUGAACCUCCCAAACGGACAUUACCAAUCCUGUGAAUCGUGUAGAAAGUAUGUUACCUGCAGUAAUGAGAAUAUGUAUGACAGGGAUUGUCCCGGUGUCCUUGUCUGGGAUGAUGUAGCCAAACAGUGUCUGUACACAUCAACCACGUGUAACAUUCAGACCCCACUGUCAUCAGAGACUUUUAGAAUGAAGAGAGCUGUGGAUCAAAACAUGAAGCAUUCCUCAAUAGUGGGACAAUUCCAGGGAUAUAACUGGACCAUUUUGAUUUCAAGUGCAGUUGGAGGCGUAGCUAUCGUGGCGCUUGUUGCAGUGGCUAUUAAAUUGAUUAUGAAGAAGAACUAAUCAAAGCCCCAAAAGUGAGGAUGAUUCUUGCAAAAAAGGAAAAUUAAUUUUCCCACAAUUCAAAGAGAUUCGUUUGGAACAGUUGUAUUUAAAUCUCAUUCUUGUCUGGCAUGCAUUUGAUAAGAACCAUGUAAUGUAACAAAUAUUAUUUUCUUUCUUCAUAUCCCUAACAAAGCAAAAUAUGACUUUGACUUUUUGAAUAGAAAGUGUAAAAACAUCC